AAUACGCGAAGCAACGAUGCAAAUAAUGGUCGAUCAAAUGCCGGAGGAAGUCGUUCAAAGCGUAAAGAUAAAUCAACCGAUGAACCCAAAUACAUAUGGAAUUCUAGAUAUACCAAAAUUUUUCUCGAACUAGUAAACAACGAGCUGAAAGCAAAAGGUUACGUCAUAAGAUUGCCGGACAAUCCUGGCAAGAGACGAGUUGAAGAGAAAUUUUAUGAAAUGACUGGAGUUAAGUUGAGUUGGGAACCAGAAAUGAAAAGCAGAAUCAACUUUAUGCGAAAAUUAUGGCACCAUUACAGCAUAUUAGUUAAUCGCACCGGUGUUUCAGCUGAUUCUACAAUCGGAAAGAUAAAUAUGUCAGAGGGUUGGUGGAACGACAGAAUUGCGGAAUUUGGGAACAAUGGCAAAUUCGUACGAGUGUUGCAAAGUAAGCCUCUUCCGUUUAAAGAGCUACUCGAUCAAAUCUAUAGUAAACAUGACGUGGAGCAGGAUGAUCGUUAUUCGCCACACACUCUUCGCACACACCUCCAACAAACACUAGACGAGGGAGCUAGCGAUGAUGAUAUAGGUGUGGAAGAAACUGCAGAAGAUAAUACGACUCAAAUUCCUUUGGAUUUAACAUCUGAGGAUGAGUUUCCGCGAUCUGGUCAAUCACCAACACCCACUACUAGAGAACGUGUACGGAGCUCACCAUCCCGUACAAAUAGAUCAAGCUUGCGUGUUCGGAAGGCUACUACUACACGUACAAAUCGAAGAAGGAUCCACUUUGAGACGCAAGUUCAAGCAGGCUUUCAACGCCUUGAAGAGUCUCGUACGGGUUUAUUGGAUGUCUUACGUUCGCGACAUAAUCCAAAAGCAACUUUUGGAGAUGCUUUGGUUGUGUUAGAAUCGUUGACGGUUGAACCAAUGGGAAAAUUUUGGUGGGCAGCAAAUAAGUUGUUGCUGAACGAUGAAGAUGCUCGUGAUGGGUUCGUGAAAUUACGGAGUGAAGACAAUAAAAUUCAGUUCUUGGAAAAGCUUACUGACAUUGAUAGAUAUGGUCUACCAUGUGAUAUUAUCAAUUUGAAAGGGCCAAACAGUUUCACGACUCCUUAUGUUCCGGCCACACAUUCACAAAUGGCAGGAACAGACACUAAUGCUUCUUCAAGUUUUGGCGCUAGAUAUGGAUUGUUUGAAACAAAACUUCGUAUAGCAGAGUUACAUCUACGUGGCAUUGAAAAUCUAUCCGACGAAGAAAUUGCAGAGCUGAUAUUAUUGGAAGAAGCUGAAAUUUUAGAGACUCAUAUCUCUCCGGUGAUAGAAUAUUAUGGAAAAUAUUUCUGUAAAAAACCAAUGCCUAAAGACACAGGCAAAGGAUGGCGCAUAAUUCAGGAUCAAAUCUACGACAAUGAAGCUUCAUAUGAAACCGAAGCUGGAACUUAUAUAAGGAUUGUCCGUGAUAAAAUUGCUGAGGAUAUGUGGCUCGAUAGUCGACGUAGUUUUCGAUAUCGACGU